AUGGAAACGCCAAGCCACAUAAUUAAAGAAAAGGACUUCAAGUACAAUGGGAAAGACGCCAGUAGUUUUCUACGGUGCUGUGCGUGCGGGGGUUACACACCUUUUAUAUUCUAUAUUACAUCCAGGGCAGCGCUAACAGCAGUAAGAAUGCACCUCACACACAAUUUUUUCUGCGUGGAAUGUAUACCCGCGCCAGCCUUAAACGACACUAGUGGCUGUUCAAUGUACCCUACAGGCAGCCUUUUACGAAAUGAGCAGUUUCUCCAGCUGUUUGUAGGUUUUAAAUAUUACAACCCGUACUACCAACUAUAUGCGGGGAAAAAACGAAUAAUCAUAACUGAGGAAACGAAAAUCCAUCAAAGCUUCAAGAAAAUCGCCCGUAAACCGAUGCCUACGGAAGUUAAAUUGAAGAAAAUUUACGAUUUGUUUCUGCCUGUGCAUCAGUUGAGAUGUAAAAAAUAUGGCACACUAGCAGAAAUGUCCAAUGACCUGCGGGAGAAAUACCAGGAAAUUUUACGCACCUAUAACGAAAUGGAACUACCUAGUGACUUCUACGACAACAUCGACCUGAUGAUUGAACGUACACCACUCCAAACGCAGUUGACGCGAAGUCGGUCGCAUAAUGCAACAGAUUUGGACACCAUAUCGGACUCGCAACAAUUGCGAACUGGAGACUCGGAAGAAGCAGUCAUCAGCGGUAAUUCUUUAGGCAUGGAAAUCAGCUCGGAAUUGCCGGGUGACAUUUUGCGAAACUCCACAUUGCAGCACACAGUAGUGCCGAGUGCAACGAAUGCCGAGUUAAGCAGCCUACAAUCGCAGGCGCCCGAAGUGCGCAGUGUUGCGAUCGACAUCAGUUCGCAGGAUGUUGGGCGUGGGAAUGAGCUGCCGGUACCUGAUACCAUACCUAUUGGAACACUGAGCAACAUCAGUUCAGCGUCCUCCAUCUGCUCAAUGGAACCACCCACCUUCCGAAGAACGCUGCAGGGAUACAGUAGUUCGCAGGAAGCUGGUCCAAGUGGUUUGCAAAGGCAACGUGAGGAAGCAACCUUUCCAAUGCCGAAGCGACGUAGAAUUUCACCCAUUCCUUUGAAUCCUUCACCCAAGGAAGUACAAUCGUCCCGGACCGUGGAAGUACGAUUGCCCCGUUUAAACGGAGGAUAAGGAUUGUCAGAGUUUUUAACGAUUGUCACUUUUUUAUUUACGCUUGUCGAUU